GAAGGGGAGAAGAAGAAAGAAUGAGAGAAAGAAAAAGAAAGCAAGACAGAGAAAGAAAGAGAGAGAGAGAGAGAAAGAAAGAAAAAGAGGAAGAAAGAAAAGAAAGAAACAGAAAGCGAGACAGAGAAAGAAAGAGAGAGAAAGAAAAAAGAAAAGAGGAAAGAAGGAAGAUAUGGAUGGUGUCAGAAGAAUUCAGAUUCGGCUCACCACUGUUCCUUGCAAGUAAUAAUUUAGCACAGCAAGAGAUGAGAGAAGUUACAUCUUGAGCAGCUGGAUUUCUGCAUGCAGGGUUUUGUUCCUCAGAGGUAGAAAUUCCCUGCCUUAAAAUCGUCCCGUCCUUCCUUUCUCUCUCAUUAGAAGCAUUUGGCUAGACCAAGCGUUGGGAAGACUUCCUUAAAAUUUCAGCAGGGAUUGCCGAAGGACUUAACCAGAAACCUUUGCAAGUACACCUGGUCCUCACGUUUACGACCACAACCGAGCCCAACAUUUCCGUUGCAAAGCAAGAUAAUGGUUAGGUGUCCCGAGAUGUCGUCCUUGGUUUGGUUUCACCUGCUGCUAGUUUUGCCCUGUUUCGGCACCUCAAGGACUUGCUUCCCGAGAUGCCACUGCGAAGUGGAGACCUUUGGCCUCUUCGACAGCUUCAGCCUCACCAAAGUGGACUGUAGUGGGAUCGGAUCCCACCUCGUGCCUGUUCCCAUCCCCUUGGACACCACCUACUUGGAUUUAUCUUCUAACCACUUGGAAGCCAUCAACCAGUCCAUGUUAACCGGGCCUGGUUACACCACUCUCGUAGGCCUUGACUUGAGCUACAAUAAAAUCUCCAAGGUGGUCCCUACCACCUUCUCGAGACUCCGGUAUCUUGAGUCUUUGGAUCUGAGCCAUAACUCUUUGGUGACCAUCCCCGAGGACUGUUUCUCUCAGUCCCCUCUGGGAGAAGUGGACCUUAGCAACAACCUUCUCUUGGAGGUCCCCUUGAACGUCUUUGCCUUCAGAGGUCAAGGAAAACCCAUCAACGUUGAUCUUUCCAACAACUUAAUAAGCCAGGUGUCAAGAUACUCGGAUAAACCUGUUCCUAACAUUCAAAGCUUAAAUUUCUCGGGGAACCGAUUAACCAGCAUUCCAGAUCUCCAAGGGAUCCCCCUUCGUUACUUAAACCUGGAUGGAAACCCGGUGUCCGUCAUUCAGAAGGACGCCUUCUUGGGCCUGAUAGGGUUAACCCACUUGUCCUUGAGCGGGAUUGACCAUCUCUUGGACAUUUCGCCUUUUGGCUUCAAGGACCUCUCCGCUCUCCAAGUGCUGGACUUAUCCAACAAUCCCAACAUGAAAUCCUUGAACCCCAAAGUGUUCUACAGCUUGAGUUCGUUGCAAGAGCUCAACCUGUCAGGGACGAGGCUGGCCGCCACUUUCUCCAAACCGAUGUUGAGAUACUUGCCUUCCAUCAAGAGCGUGGCCUUGGCCAAGAACAUCCGGUGUCUUAAGACCGUUCGGGAAGGACACUACCACCGAGAAGCUGGACCGAGCAAGAAAGAGGUCCUACGAUGUCACGGCGGCCACGGAUCCGUGGCGCCGUACGUGUUGUGAUCGAGGACCGAGCCUCCGCACGAUGAGACUUCUUUUUUUAAAAAAAAACACAGCCACGAAUGUGCCUUCUGUACAAACAUUUAAUUUAUACUUUUUUUUUUUUUUGGUAUAUCUCAACUCCGCGUUACAAUAAUGGAUGGGACAAAACGCUCACAAGUCUGGUUUAUUUCAGGGGUACCCCCCCCAAAUUUCCAGCUCUGGACCGCCGGUGAUUGGGGGGGGUGAGCGGGGAAGGGGAUGGUUUCAUGUGCAUGCCUGCCACUUGUGCAAAUAGUUUCGUGUGCUUGCACGCUCGCCCGGUUUCCAACGAGCCAUGGACUGCUACCGGUCCACAGAAUAGGGGUUAGAGUCCCCUGGUUUAUUUGAUUUUCCUAACCCUCAGUUGUUCUCCUGGAAACCCUGAGACCACAGCUGUGGCUUCUACAGCAGGGGUGUCAACUCAUGGCCCGUGGGCUGCAUCCGGCUGGCAAUGUGGUCCAAUCCGGCCCACGGAGCCAUCCUGGAAAAUUGCUUCGGCCCAGUCUACCCAAUGCAAAGAGGAAACAUGCCAGCAGUUUUGGGAGUGGCUUCAGGCUCGUCACGCUCACUGUUCUGCCCCAGCUACGGACCCCAAAGAACGCAGCACACACGAAGUCUGUACAGACCUUAGUUUACUAAAUUAAAUCAGUUUUUUUUUUCCAAACAGAGGCUUGUUAAUUAACUUUCUUAACAGCCAACAAUAAUCGUAAUCUUACUAUGAUUGGCAGAAAGCCCAGAAGCAAUUUGCAGAGAACUAAGAUCACGACGCGAAGGAGAGUGAAUGAAGUUGUUCCCUGCAAAUUGCUUCAGUCGGCAUUCCUCCUUAAAUAGGCUAAGGGAGUGGCCAAUUAGCCCCAAGCCUUACUCUCGAGGAGACCUCCUCCUGAGGAACCACUCCUGCCUUUUGGUAGCUCUGCACGCCUGUGCACUGAGAAGAGGCUCCUCCUCUUCUUCCUCUUCACUUAUGGGAGCUUCUGGAUGUUCUGAAGGCCCUGGCUGAAUCCCCGCCUCUGGCACCACAUCUUCUCCAGCCUCCUCACUGUCCGACUCGAGCGCCAGCUGCACAGGCUGCUGGCGCAGCACCACACCAGCCUCCUCGCUGUCGGAAUCAGCUGCACAGGCCGCGUAUGGGCCACAACACUCACCCAGUUGGCCACGCCCAGUGAGUGGCAUCAAGAUAGCCACACCUACCCAGUCAGCCAUGCCUACACGGCCCCCCGAGUUCAACCACAGUCCUGAUGCAGCCCUCAAUGAAAGCAAGUUUGACACCCCUGAUCUACAAUGUCCUUCAGAGACAGGUAAUCUUCGCCUUACAACCAUUCGUUUAGUGACUGAAGUUGCAACGGCCCUGAACAAAGUGAUUCAUGCCUGGUUUGCACACUUAGCGACCGUUGUAGCAUCUCCAUAGUCGCGUGAUCCAAAUCCGGAGGCUUGGCCACUGGCGUGUAUUUACGACGGUUGCAGUGUCCCGCGGUUGCGCGAUCCCCUUUUGCGACUUUUCCAGCUGGCUAUCAAAGUCAACGGGGGAAGCCAAAUUCACAUAACAAACCGCGUGAUUCGCACCACAAUUGCCCUGAUUCGCUUAACGACUGUAGCAAGAAAGGUCGUAAAAUGGGGCAAAACUCAUUAUAGCAGCCAUCUUGCUUAGCAAGAGCAACGUUGGGCUCAAAUAUGGUUGUAAAUCGAGGACUACCUUCGAUUCACUUCGAAGAUCUUCCGAAGAGGACGGUUCAGCCCCAGAAAUUGUGGAUUUGAGAAAAUGUCUAGGGCAAUGUUUCUCAAUCAUUGGUAUAGAGGUAUAGAGGUGUUGGACUUCAACCCCCAGAAUUCCCCAGCCAGCAUGGGAAUUCUGGGAGUUAAAGUCCACACCUCUGAAAGUUGCUAAGGAGAAACACGAUUGUAACACACACAUCCACAACCCAUUCAAUUCCAUUUGAGCUGAUAACUGGCCAGAAGGUGUAUAUACCUUCUUUGGCCACAAGAGGGAAGCAGUUUACCACAACCUUUCGGUGGAAUUGUCCUUGUUUCUCUUGCAAAGUUCUUCAGUUUUUCCUCCAGCUCUUGUGAUUUCUUGGUGGUCUUCCAUCCUCACGCUAACCAAGCCUGUUCCUACAUUACUCAGGAAACUCAUGGACUGUCUGUAGGCUGGAUUUUUGUUGCUCAACCAAAGGUUUUGCAUGAAAGCCUGAUGUAAGAGGCAGAGUUCCCACAGCCCUUUAAACGUGCAAGUUAACUUAUACAUGUAAAAUUAAAAGCUUCCUUUGCAUUGAGCUUGAUCCUUGGAGAUAUCCAAGGAAGGCUUUUUGUAAAGGAUAUGGAGGCAGUCCCACUUUUUUUUUCUGGAUUUUUUUUUUAUUUCCUGGUGGUCUCCUUUCCAGUAAUACCAACUGAUCUUCUUAGCUUCUGAACCGAGAGGCCCAUCAGCCAAGUGCUGUCACCGGAUACUAAUACAAAUGCUGGAUCUCAAGAAAAGAUGGCACUUGAAUGUUACAUUUGCAAGUAGUCCUCGGCUUACGACCACAACUGAGCCCAACAUUGGCGCUGCUAAACAAGACAGUUAUGAAGUUUUGCCCCACUUUUUUCUUGCCACAGUCGUUAAGCGAAUCCUGCAGUUGUUAGCAACACAACUGUUAAGUGGAUCUGGCUUCCCCGUUCACUUUGCUUGUCAGCACGGUCGCAAAAGGGGAUCCCAUGACACACACACACACCCCGGGGACACUGCGACCGUCAUAAAUAUGAAGCAGUUGCCAAGUAUGUGAAUUUUGAUCACUUGAUCAUGGGGAUGUUGCAACGGUCAUAAGUGUGAAAAACGGUCGUAAGUCCCUUUUUUUCAACAUUGUAACUUUGAAUGGUCACUAAACGAACGGUUGUAAAUCAAGGACUACCCGUAUUUCCUUAAAUACCUCUGACUUUUUAAAGUUUUGAAUCUCAUCCAACCCUGUUCCUUCCAAUUGUGCAAGCAAAGCUUUUCACUCACACACAAACAUACAAUUUUGGCAACAAUCUUCGUGAUUACAGCGAGUCCUCGACUUAAGAACAGUUCAUUUAGCGACGGUCUGAAGUUAUGAUGGCAUUGAAUAACGUGACUUACGACCUGUUUUUCACAGUUAACGACCUUUGCAGCAUUUCCCAUAAUUGUGUGAUCAAAUUCAGAGGCUCGGCAACUGGCAUGUACUUAACGACUGUUGCAGUCUUCCGGGGGUCAUGUGAUCCCGUUCUCGCAAGCAAAGUCCAGGGGGAAGCCCGAUUCACUUAACAACCGGGUUACUAAUUUUUUAUCAACUGCAGCGAUUCACUUAGCAACGGUGGCACGAACGGUCGUAAAAUCAGGAGUGGUAUUCACUUACUUUCCGUACCGGUUCGCAAAUGUGAGUCCGUGCGCACUUUGCUGGCACUCACGCCUUCCGUACAUGCACCCGGCCACAAAAACGCGACUAAAUAGGAUGGCAGAGUCGGGGAAGGUGGGUGGAGCCACCCGUGAUUUCCGCAAGCAGUUCUGCCGAACCGGUCCGAGCCGGCUGCAUACCACCUCUGCCCCAAGACUCACUGAACAGAUGUUUUCACUUUUAAACACAGACAUUCUGGGCUCCGUUGUGGUCGUAAGUCGAGGUCUACCUGUAUUGUAUUUUACCACCCUGGGAAAGGAAGCCCACCUUCUCAAAAACUUAACUUUAACCUUUCUUCUCUCAUCUGGCUUUGGUCGCGUCACAGUUAACGCCGAGUUAAGAUUAAGGCAAACAUUGCGCAGAUUCGCCCGCGAUGCUUUUCCGAAGGCUUCACAAAGGCCUCUUCAUUUUUCCACCCAGCUGACAUUUUGGCUGAAACAAUUUCAUUUUUUUUUUUUUUUCCCUCUUGGCAAGAAUGGCCCGUCUCUUGAUCACGGAAGGCAGAUUUCAACUGUAGUUCUCCGGAUCCAGCCGGAUAGGAUGGGAAAACUUCCCUGCCAGCUUGGAUGUCAAAAUUUGCAAUCCGCGUAAGAGAGGGAAAAAAAAAAAACCUCCCAAAAAGAACAGAUUUGAAAAAAUGACGAUCUAAGCAAAAUAAAAGAGACUCCAAAUUAGGGGCCUGCAAUUUAGCAUUAUUAUUUUUUUUUUAAGAGUUUGCCUAAGAAGGCAGCAUUCCAAUUUCUUGGGGUUUGAUCCACAUUUUUUUAAAAAAGAAAAAGAUUUGGAAAAACCGAGCUCGUGAGUAUUUCUCUUGCAUAUGUGCAGAACUUUAGUAGGUAUUUUUUUAAAAAAAAAAACGUGCCUCUCGAUAGUCCUCGGCUUACGACCACAAUCGAGCCAAGAAUUUCUGCUGCGAAGCAAAAUGGCCGUUAAAUGUAUUCCCCCCCAUUUUACGACCUUUCUUGCCACGUUUGUUAAGUGAAUCAGUGCAAUGGAUAAAUUAGUAAGCCGGUUGUUAAGUGAAUCACUGCAAUUGAUAAAUUAGUAACCCGGUUGUUAAGUGAAUCUGGCUUCCCCAUUGACUCUGCUUAUUGGAAGAUCGCAAAAGGGGAUCAUGUGACCCCGGGACACUGCAACGGUCGUAAGUGUGAAAAAUGGUCAUAAGUCGCUUUUUUCAGUACCGUUGUAACUUCGAACCAUCACUAAAUGAACUGUUCUUAAGUCAAGGACCAGCUGUAUUUAUUUUCUCUUGGCUGAUUGCAUUUUAACACAGGAACUAUUUCCAAGGAAUUAAGUUUUAAAAUCUGAGCCACCUCAAUAUAUUUUCUUUAAAAAAAAAAUCAGAAACUCAUAAAUAAUAGGGAGGGACGCGGUGGCUCAGUGGCUAAGACGCUGAGCUUGUCGAUCGAAAGGUCGGCGGUCCAGCGGUUCGAAUCCCGAGUGCCGCGUAACGGGGUGAGCUCCCGUUUAGUUGUCCCAGCCUCUGCCAACCUAGCAGUUCGAAAGCAGGUAAAAAAUGCAAGUAGAAAAAGAGGGACCACCUUUGGUGGGAAGGGAACAGCGUUUUCCGUGCGCCUUUGGCGUUGAGUCAUGCCGGCCACAUGACCACGGAGACGUCUUCGGACAGCGCUGGCUCUUCGGCUUUGAAACGGAGAUGAGCAUCGCCCCCUAGAGUCGGGAACGACUAGCACAUGUACGAGCGGAAUCUUUACCUUUACCUUAGGGCCAUGAUGGCGAACCUAUGGCACGCGUGCCACAGGUGGCACACGUACCCAUAUCAGUGGGCACGCCAGCUCAGCUCUGGCACGCAUGUGUGCGCCGGCCAGCUGAUUUUCAGGCCUUCUGGGUCCACCAGAAGUAGGGAAACAGGCCGUUUCCUGCCUCCGGAGGGCCUGGGGUGUGUGUGUGUGUGGGGAAGGCUGUUUUUGCCCUCCCCAGAUGCAUAGAGAGGAUCUGGAGCCAGGUGAGAAAGAAAAACGGGCCAUUGCAUGCCAGGAGCGGGGGG